AGAACAUAUUUGUGACAAUGGAGGGUACAGUGAGGCUUGGAGACUUUGGGAUAUCCAAAGAGCUUCCUGGACCAAAGGCGUAUGCAGAAACCAGAGCAGGUACAUUGUUCUACAUGGCACCAGAGGUACUCCUCAGUCGACCAUACAACAUGUCAAGUGACGUGUGGUCUCUGGGUUUGGUGCUCUACAGCCUGUGCAAACUGACCUACACACAAAAAGAUUUCUAUGCAGCACAAACAAAACAAACGGAUCUCGUCAUACCACACAUCUACUCUAAAGAUCUCCAGAAUCUUGUCAAGGAGUUACUGAGGAUGCGGCCAAGAGACCAUCAAUCAACAAUGUUCUUAAAAAACCUUUCUUGGCUCGCCGUGUACCAAAACACCUUCCAAUUGAGGUAA